AUGUCUGGUAGUUAUAAAAGUUUGAACGAAUUUUACGGUCAGCCAAUUAGUAAAGAAACAUACACCCCGGGCAAAAUUCAUGUUCGAAAAGUGUAUAUAAAUGAAGAUCCUUCAAAAGAAGAUGUGAUACCAUGCCCCCGUUGUUUGCAUAGGAAUCGAAAGCAUAUGGUGCGGUAUUUGUAUCUCAAUUUGAAUGAAGCUAUAUACAAAUGUGAAGCAGCAGAUUGCAUGUAUCCUUUCCGAAACUUUAAGUUCAAAAAUUUUGAAGAAAACAGUGUAUAUCAUUAUGAAUUACCAUUACACAAGCUACCGGCAGUUCACGCUUCAUCGGCUGAUUACGCGACAAACUCUAUAAAAAAUAUCGUAUCAGAAUCUGAUUUGAAUUGGGAUUUCUUGUAUUGUAACAAUGAACUUGGCAAUCUAAAACCAGAUCCUUCGGCGACUAAAAUUAGGCAACGAACGAUAAAGCCUGAUAAUAACGCUAGAAAUUUCGAUACUGCAUUUAUAGAUGAAAUGUUGAAAGAUUUAUUUCCAUCGGCAUCUAAUCUAACUGACAAAGCAAUGCAUGAAACUAGAUCAACAACUACACUAGAUCAAAAUUCUCCAUCAAAUUCAUCAUAUUCAGAAGGUCGCAAGCUGCAAAAAUGCUUAAAAAUAUUACAAAAUCAAUGUAAGAACAGUGAAGAAGGUGUUUUCAAAAAACCGAUUGCUCUAAACAAAAUGAGGAGUGACAAUCUUAUGGUUGAGCGUAUUAGCCCUACAAAGCUAAGAAUAAAAAAAAUACUUACACCUAACAUUAAAACCCGUGGCAGAUGCAUAAAUACUAAAAAAAAGCCUAAUAAAAGCCCCCACUUGUGUGAUAGCAGUGUAAACGAAAUAAUGCAAGCUAGGGCAUUAGUAAAAAACAAAGUAUUAAAACCAUUAGAAUUUGUUUGCACAUUAAAUACACUCAUUCAAAAAGAAGCAAUUGAAGCCUCGACAGCAUUGCACGAACCUAUUGUACAAAAGAAUCCAAACCAGGCAAAAGUGCAAAGAAUGUUAAACUUUAUACAAAGAAGCAUGCAAAAUUGUGAUCCGCAGAAACAUAAGCAGGAGGCUAUUCGUACAUCACCAAAUAUAGAAAAUUCAAAUGAUAAUACUAGAAUCGAGCCUAGUUGUAGUAUAUCCUCAGCACCGUUGUGUUCACUUAUUAGUUCUAAUAGUAGUUCGAUCUCAUCUUCAAUUGGCAUUCUUAAUAACAAAUCAAUGUUGGAUUCAACCCCUUCAAAACCUCCACAUGCAGGAGGAAUGGAAUUGUUCAUUAGAUUGCUGGAAUCAUAA